AUGGGAACAAAAUCAUCCAAAUCGAAACCCAGAAAUGCAAAGGUCGCCAAAACAUCCUCAAAAUCGAGGCUCAAUCAAAAAGCAAAGAUUUCAAAGGCUCAAAUCGACAAGCUCAAUAAGGAUGCUGACCACAUAGAGGAUAUUCACAAAGCGCUAGCACUGCAAGGGCAGGUCCCCAAGAAAAUCAGUGCUUUGAGUGUGGGAAAGUUGAAGGAAGAUAUGAAAAAGGACGAGGAGAGGAAGAAGGCCAAUGAGGAGUUGAAGAAGCAGUUGGAGUUGAUGACCGGAAUGGCUUUGUGA